ACCACCAAUCUCUCAGCCCCCACAAUCUCACCUACUCCGGCCAUCUCUCCGGCGACCACCGCGGCACCACCCUUCCUCCCGACUCCAGCGAUGGCGACAGCGGCAGCCGGCGGCGGGAGGGGCAAGCCGAAGGGCAGCAAGUCGGUGUCGCGGUCGGUGAAGGCGGGCCUGCAGUUCCCCGUCGGCCGCGUCGCCCGGCACCUCAAGGUCGGCCGCUACGCGAAGCGCGUGGGCGCGGGCGCCCCCGUCUACCUCUGCGCCGUCCUCGAGUACCUCGCCGCCGAGGCCCUGGAGCUGGCCGGCAACGCGGCGCGCGACAACAAGAAGACCCGGAUCUCGCCGCGCCACAUCCAGCUCGCCGUCCGCAACGACGAGGAGCUCAGCCGGCUGCUCGGCGGCGUCACCAUCGCCGCCGGCGGCGUCCUGCCCAACAUCCACUCCGUGCUCCUCCCCAAGAAGGCCGGCAAGGGCGCCGGCACCGGCGGGUCCGCUUCGCAGUCCCAGGAGUUCUAGAGUACCAGAGAUCUGAGUAUGGCGUGGUGAUGGUUUUAGGUUGGUAGAUUAGUUCUUGGCCAAUGUUCUUGUUGGUACAUGUAUCGAGGGUGGAUCUGGUUGGAAUGGAAUGCAUCUGGUUCUGCUGUCUGUGAUUUGUCCAUGGUAAUCUGAAUGAAACGGAUUUUGCUUUGCUCUGACAGUAA